AUGGGCCGCCACACACUGGAAUACCCCAAAACCGGCGACAACACCGUGCGCCGCCACAACGAGCGCGCCAGCUACGCCCUCGAGACCAUCCACCGCCUCAUCAACUCCUCCCAGAUCGUCAACGUGGCCUUCACCAACCCUGAAUCCCCCUUCCCCGUCGUGCUCCCCAUGAUCGGCCAGAUGGGCUCCUUCGACCGUCCCAGCGCGGACAUUGGCGACCCCCUGGACCUGUACAUCCACGGCUACGUCUCCGCGCGCAUGUUCAACGUCACUCGCACCGCGGAGAAGAAGGAGGAGGGCCAGACGGAAGAGGAGAAGAAGGGCCUUCCCGUGACAAUCUCCGCCUCGCACGUCGAUGCCCUCAUCCUCGCCACCUCGGGCUUCAACCACUCCUACAACUACCGCUCCGUCGUGCUCUUCGGCUACGCCACCUUGGUCGAGGACGAAGAGGAGAAGAAGUACGCCCUGGAGCUCAUCACAAACGGCCUCGUCCCGGAGCGCUGGCAGAAAACCCGCCAGCCUCCCACGAAGGCUGAGAUGACGAGCACAAGCGUCCUCAAGGUGAGGAUCACCUCGGGAAGCGCAAAGAUUCGCGAUGGCGGUGUCUUGGAUGACAAGCAUGACCUGCAGAACGAGGAGGCGCAGAACUCGGUGUGGACGGGUGUUUUGCCUAUUUACUCCACCGUCGGAGAGCCCAUUCCCACGUCAUAUAACAAGGUGGAGGUUCCAUCAAAUGUGUCCGACUUCGUCAAGGAUUACAAUGCUGAGAACAAGGAGUAUGCUCUCACGGCUGCAAAGAAAUAG